AUGGCCGCACGGGGGCGCGCCGGCGCCGGCGCGGCCGCGGCGGGAGGCGUGGGAGCGAGGCCCAAGUCCAAGACGCGCGCCACGCCGGCCGCUGCCCUGUCGAAGCCGCUGCUGCCCGUCUCGGAGCGCAAGAGCCAGGAGGACAAUGCGCCGUACCUGCGGGUGAAGAAGGGCUCGGACGAGAAGGUGGACAUCACGCCCGACGGCGGCUCUGCUGGGCGCGAGGGUAGGCAGUUUACUGUGGCCAAUGUCGGAAACAAUGGCCGCAUCUACUUGAGACCUACUGUGCGCCCGGCGCAUCAGCGAUACCCCCAGCCGCACUUUGUGUUUCCUAUGACGCCUCCGGGAACUGCAGGCCUAGAAGCCAUGGCUGCUGAGAAGGAGAGGGAGAGGGAAAAAGAAAAGGAGAAAGAGAAGCAAGAGUCAAAGCUGGACAUUGGUCGCCUGCAUGGAACACAAUGGACUCCGAGCCACGCACCAUCGACGCCGACAACCCAGCACCAGGCCUACAUAGGGCACGGGAGAAACAUGUCUCGGGCAGGGCAUCGGCGCGCACUCUCUGACUCUACCGUGCCAGACACCAGUGUGGCCCGCGAAUCGGACGCUGGCGGAUUCAAGAUCAUCAUCACACAGCCGGGCGAGGACCAGCGGCCCAAGACAUUGGAGGAUAUAGACCCGAACUAUGUGCCGUUACUCGAAGUCGCGAUCCCCUCGUGGAGGAUAGGAACUCCCCGGUUCUCAUUACGAGGCACACCGUUCAUCCGCGGCUCUUCAUAUGCGCCCACCGAGGAGUUUCGCUCGAGUAGUCACUCCCUGCUGAAUCGAUCAUUCCGGGACAUGACGCCUCAGAUCGGAUCCAUUGCGUCUAGGAGGCCAAGUCCGGUUGAUAUGCCGCAGCUCCAGGUGCCCAUAAACUCAAGCAUACCGCCUCCGCUGCAGUCCGGACGACUACCUGCGCCGAAUAUGCUACGGUCGACAUACAUGUCUACUCACCUGGUCAUCGAACCUGCCAUGUUCGAUUCUUUGACAUUCAAGCCCGGCUGCGACGACCGUGCUAUUGUCCGAUACUCAUCUGCAACUGGAGCGGUAACAGCCGCGACACCGCCCAGACUGGUCGCUGAGAUUACAUCUCCAAGCUUCCUGGACUACGAACUAUUAUCAGACUUCUUUCUCACAUUCCGCGCAUUCCUGGACCCGACGGAACUGCUUCGGAUGUUGAUUGCUCGACUGAGAUGGGCCCUGGCAAGAGACGACGAAGUGGGAAUGGUUGUGCGGGUUCGUACAUUUGUUGCGCUGAGACAUUGGAUCCUGAACUACUUCAUGGACGACUUCGUUAUCGACUACAACCUGAGACUCACCUUCUGCGAUCUGCUCAAUGAUUUCUGCGACGAGCUGUCUCAGGACCUCAGGGCACGGAAAGUCCAGCUCAAGAUCUUGGCCGAACUCAAGAAGUGCUGGCGUAGAGUGUGCGCGCAGUAUUGGGACGGCCCAGAGUUUGAUGCUUCGUUACCACCGGACGCACCAAUCGCACCAGGCGGUAUUGCCGGACAUCGCAAUCCAAGCUUGGAUCCCAGCUUCUGGGAGAGUCUGCUAGAUGGGACUCACCAACUUGAUGGCGUCUUUCCUGCUCCUCAAACACUAGACAAUGUGGAUUCGGGUGUCUACCACGACAUGGGCGGCCGCUCUGGUAACAUCGACUCCGUACUGAUGGGAUACGACCGACCGGGGACGCCGGAGAACCCAACUCGACCGACCGACGAGUUGGAGAGGGGGCAGACGUCACCAACGAGUGUGAUGAGCUUAGAGGUCAUUUCUUGCUCAUUCCCGAGCAAGAACAUGAAGCUUGGACAGCCCAACUCUGGCUAUCCCCUGGCGGCUCAUCCUGUACCUAUUGACCCAAACACGGUAUAUAGCCCGACGGAACAGGUGGCUACGACGCCAAGAGCUCUCAUGGGCAAGCGGGUCCGCCCUCAGAACAGCCACAAGCGAAACGUAAGCUUGACCGAUUCGCUGAGAGAGCAUGCAUCGGCGCAGGAGAAGAUGAUACAGAAGAACACCGAAAUUCUCCUGUCAUUACCAUACGCCGGCAGCCUAGUCAGAGGCAAUUUGCUCCCGCCUGGCCAGGCGUUCGUAGAAGUCCUACCGCCGAGCACAUCAGGUGGUCCCAGCCGCCAUACGACAGUCUUUCAGCCCUACGAAGAGGAGCCCGAGAAGGACAAGGUCUUUGCCUCGGCCAUGUCCAGCCAGGGAAUGAAGAGGCUCCUCGGAAGCGUACGUAGAGCGCUGAGCACGAAGGGACAAGGGAUCUCCCCGACCCAGGGGAACUUUAUCAACAUAUCGCCCAUCGGCCCUAGAGGAGCUACUACUAACAGACUCCCUGGUACCGCUAUCGUGCCCCAGGCGCGGCCACGCCAAGACGGCUUCCGAGCUCCUGUCAGAAUCGACCUUCUAGGCGCUGAGAUUGCGGAGGACUUCAAGAAAGCAGUGCGCGAGGAUGCUGCUGCUGAUGCAGAUAAGCUCAGUUUUCUGCCAUCGCAGUCAGGUGCUUCAAGUCGUUCUACUCUCAAGUUACCUCGGCAAACUAUGGAGUAUUCGCCCGUUGAAGCAAAACAGACGUUGGAAGACAAGCUUCGGCAGGAUGAGAAUCGUCCGCUCAGCGACACUGCUAUCACUACGGGGAGCAAGUCUAUUGUCAUUGUCGACGAUACUGUGCCUAUGCCCAUGCAACUACCUAUCAUGGCCGGGGCAUUACCUGCAGUCAAUUCCUCCGUCGAGGCGUUUGCGGAAACAUUCAUGCCUCCACCGCAGGAUCCAACGCCACCAAAUACGCCGCCCGGACAAGCGGUUGACACGCCUAGGCGCUCAUCCUACAUUCUUGGGCAGCAUGUCAUUCGCACAUCAUACUCUGCCGAUCCUCUUCCCCCUUUCAUCCCCGAUAUGGAUACUCUUGGUCCAGCCCCUAGUACUCGUCCCUCUGAAGACAUUGCUCGACCAUCUGUGGAGUUUGUUCAGCAAUCACCCAACCGUCCACCCCUCAGCGGCAGACCAGGCCACGCGAGGCAUCGCUCAAGGUCAGUCGACGACAUGUCUGAUGUACCAAUGCCUCAGCCACUGCGCGUGCUACGAAGAAGACCUGGCGGAGAUCUCAGGGCUGUCGAAAACGUUGGCGAUCUUGACCAUGCGCCGCUGCGCAGGUCGCGCUCGGUAGGAUCUCUGACAACCUUCACAGAAUCGGUGCGCAGCUCUUAUAUGCGCAGUCCCAUGACAGCCGGCCAAGAAUCAAGCGGCUUUGUUGAUGUUGUGAGCAGCGACUACUCUCAUGACCGGGCCGAGGGGACGUUCUCCCUAGGCGCGAUCGCCGAGAAGCCCAAGCGUCAGCUUUCGCUCUUCAGCACCCAUUCAUCAAAACCGAUCAUGCGGCCGUCGUUCGAGGCUGAGGCGCAGAAGUUGGCCCAAAUACCGGAUGAUGUGGAUGACGAUGGCGGAGUGGAGUCAGCGUUGCUGAAACUUGAAGGCAAAUACGAGAAGAAGCCCCUGAAGCUCUCUACUGAGCCGACCAAGGAGAAGCUGAAGCUUCCAACCACUUCGUUACAGCCACCGGCUCCGGAAGCCCAGGAGAAUACUCAUGUCACGGAGGAGAAGAAGAAGCAUCGUCACGAACAUGUUGGCGAGGAAGGCGUUCUUCCACACGCGCCUGCACCCUCUGCAGGUGGUACACCUGCAGAUUCUCGGGGCAGCUUCCUCGAGAUACCGCCACCGGGACCAGCGCAACGAAGAAGUGAGGCUUUGCAGUCUUUCUUGUCGGGAGGUUCCAAUGGAUCUUACUCGUCCAUACCCUUACUGGAGCGCGGUCUGACCGAUGAUGGACGGAGGAGCAAGGCGGAGUGGACCAACCGUUCCAUACUGCAAGGGCCAGAUGAAGAUUUGGCGACGCCCAGCGACAAGAGCAGCGAGAAGGACUCUCAGCAUCCAUCGUACGACUUUGUCAAGAAGACCGAGAGCAUGGAGAAGAUUAAGCCUGGCGAGACGAUGCCUACGACCCGACCCAGUGCUGAACAGCUCUCUUUCCUGAAUGACGAGAGCGACGACGAUGGUGAAUUGUCUUCAGAAAUUUCCGAGGAUAUUAUCGAAGAAGAGUUUUAUGACGAGGACGACGUCCAGACAUUUCCACCUGUACGAUCAAACACUGUCAUUUCUCGAUUACCUCCUCACCCUCUCGCCGAACCCCAACCGGAGCUGUACCCGUCGGACCAUGACAGCCAGCCACCCUCGCCGCAGAUGACGAUGGGCCAAGCUCUCGCCAUGUCUCCUGAAACUGCUGGGAUCCCUCAGCUGCACGAUCACCAGGUCUGGGAUGAGAAGCCACUGCCACCUACACCGGAUACAACCCCUACAACGGCCCAGUACGGACAGUCGAUGGAGUCUGCUCGAGAUCCGACGGGCACCACUGAGGCUCUUCGCAAUGCGCCAAAGAUGCCUGAUCAGCCGUCUCGUAAAUUCUCUGUUCAUCUGCCGUUCAUCCUUGCUUUCGAUUCAGAGGUCCUUGCACAGCAAUUCACCUUGAUCGAGAAGGAUGCGCUGAAUGAAAUUGAUUGGAAAGAGCUCAUCGACAUGCGGUGGAAGAACGCAGAGAAUGGCGACAGCCGCUCUUGGGUCGACUUCCUGCGCAAUACGGAUGCUCGUGGAGUCGAGGUUGUCGUUGCUCGCUUCAACAUCAUGGUGAAGUGGGCGGCAUCCGAGGUUGUCCUCACGCAAGACAUUGAAGAGCGUGCGCGAUGCAUUAUCAAGUACAUCCACAUCGCAGCUCAUUGUCGACGAUACCGCAACUUUGCGACGAUGAGCCAGAUUGCCAUCGCGCUCACAAGCAAUGAGAUCAGCCGCCUUUCCAAGACCUGGAGCAUGGUCCCGCCUUCGGAUAUCCGAGCACUGAGGGACAUGGAGGCCCUGGUGUCGCCAACACGCAACUUCUACAAUCUCCGUGCCGAGAUGGAAGGUGGCGGGACUGCCAGCGCUGACAUGGGCUGCAUUCCAUUCGUGGGCAUAUAUACUCAUGACCUCAUCUUCAACGCACAGCGGCCAAGUGAGAUUGCGAGCAGCCCGACCACGGCCCCGCUUGUUAACUUCGAGCGCUGCCGUAUCGCCGCUAGCGUUGUCAAGACAUUGCUCAGACUUCUCGAGGCUAGCACCUUGUACACUUUCCAGCCGAUCGAGGGCAUCACUGAGCGCUGUCUCUGGAUGAGCGCCCUUGGGGACGAAGAGAUCAGACGCCAUUCCGAGUCCCUUGAGUAG